AGAGAGAGAGCUGAGCUGCAGUUCACACUCACACUGGUCAGAAGCAUUAGGAUACAGACGCUCUUCACAUGGACCUGUGACUUCUUACCAUGCAACAACACCAGGAAACUUCUGAUUGGCUGUCAGCAUGCAUGACAGUGUAUUUGCAUGAUGAGGAAGGCAGAGCACUAUAAAAACAGAACAGGCAUAUUUAUCCUCAGUUGCUAGGCUUCGACUCAUUGGAGUGACUUUCCUCCUGUGAUAAAAAAAUGGGUAAACUCGGUAAGAAAGUCAUACGGCUCGUAGAAGGUCACCCUGAAGGAAUCCCGGUGUCGAAGCUGGCUGUGUUCUACAAUCAAAAGUAUCAUCAUAACUUGACUGUGUCAGAUGUUGGCUUCUCAAGCAUUGCAGAUUUCAUUGCUUCUCUGACUGAGCAUCUGGUGGUAAAGAAUGGGACAGUUUUCCACAGGAAGCACAUACAAGGACCUCAGACUCAGACCUCUGGAGAGGAAGUGGAAGUAGCUAAAAGCUACCCAGAAGACAAAGACAAAAUAUCACAGGAAGUUGUGGAAUUGGUUCAGGAGCACCCAGAAGGCAUCCCUCUCAAGAAGUUAGCUGUUUUCUACAGUUUUCGCUACAAGCGAAACCUGAUUGUUGCAAACCUAGGUUUUGCUUCAGUCGCCAGUUUUGUUGAUUCUCUGUCAAAGGAUUUGCUGGUGGAAAACGAGAGCAUUUUUCACAAGAUGCACAGGGUUACUCGUGAACCACCAGCAGCACCACUAAAUGAAACCCCUCCUGCAAUGAUGACCAGCACUGCAACAUCCGUUGGUGCUGUGGCAAUGCGAAAGGAAGGUGAGAUGACGCAAGAAGAGCUGCUUGAGAAGGUUAAAGAGGUUAUCAAAGUCUUCCCAGCUUCUGCAACAUCCAUUGAACAGCUGAUGAAUGGCUACUUCCUACAUUUUGGGUCUAUAUUGCCUCUGAGGCAGUAUAUGUCGCUCUAUGACAAGCAGACCAACACACAACAGACAACACUUGGCCAAGCACAAGUUACCGCAGAACAGAAGACAGUAUCCCCUGCAACAUCAGUAAAGGUGCUCGCUACACCUGCCGGAAGCCCUCAGCAUGUUCCAGUGAGACACAGGGUGACUGAAAAUGAGUUGCGUUCCAAGAGUGGCUCUCCUGUCUGGCAGCUCAGUGCUACUUCACCUGCUGCAGAUUCCAAUCUCAGCUCAUUGAUGGACUUCCCACCUCUCAGUACCAGACCUUCCAGAGCUGAAGAGAGAAGAAUAAGAGAUGGCCAGGAAGGAAGCAGCCUGGUGUUCCGUGAAGCCCACCAUGCUCAACUGAGGGAGGUGCAUGGCGCUAACGUUCGUGCCACAGAGGCGUUGGUGGUGGCAAGCGAGAAGAAAGAAUCUGUGGAUAGGUACAAGAAAAGACCGAGUUUAGAUGAUCUGAACAGCCUCGUUGAAGACGCCAUCCGAGACAUCUCCACAGAGGGGGAACACGUUACAGUGGAGAGGGUAAUAGGCAAGGUGUGCAUGCUUAUGCAAGUGCCGUCUUUGAGUGCACUGGGAAUCAGAUCUUAUUGGCAGCUGCCUGCUUUAAAGGAGCUUGAGCGCACCGUUAAAGAGCUCAAUCUCUUCAUUCAGUCGAUAGAGGCGAUCUGUUCCAUGUGCACCCUCUAUGAGCUGGGUCAAGCUUUUGCCAGCAUCAAGAACAAGAAGCGAUUUGAGGAGCUCCACCUGGGCCCUCUUUGUAAAAUCCCACUUAUUCAUCGGCUCUUUAAAAUAGACAGCAUCACCAAAGAUGAUGAUAUACGCCAGAUCGAGACAGUGGAUCUUCUCCGGAACCUUCGUAACUUCAGAAGAAAGCAAAACAAGUCUAAGGUAGACCUCGCCGAGUUUAUGCAGUACCUCGCAGACCAGUACAGCUGUGAUUCGCCGUAUGCACUUGGAAUCCGGAUCCAGAGUGUUGGGCUGCCCAUCUCGACAUUGUCCAAGGCAUACGGGUGUGAGAGUGGUUGCAUGGAGAGAGCCAGAGAGACCAUUCAGAAGGAGAUCGAGGAGGAGGUGGAAAACAGGCUGUGGAAGAUUAAAAAGAGUUUACUAGAGCCCGCCCAGGGCAUGCCGCUUUACUCUUCCUCUGGCAGCCUGGAGCUCAGGAAGAAAUAUGCCGGCAUGACUGCCGCUGAGGCCGUCCUCGAGAUCUUCACCAACUCUUCAGGCGUCUUUAAUCCAAGGAUGACCAAGCGAGUUCAGGACUUCCUCAUGUGCGUAUCGGGAGACAGGCUGGCUCGGACCUUGUUUCACCUGGCUAUAUGCGGCGGCUCGCUGGCCAUCCCAAACGACCUAGCUCCAAAAGAGAAAUCCCAAAAACAAGCCUCGGAACUUAAAGCAUUUGGGAAGAAAUCUACUGAGAUGCCCCCCACUGAAGAUGCUGUGAAGCAAUACUUCAAAGACUGUGUUUCCAGCGUCAUGGGCACGGUGACUCUGCCAUAUCUCGGCCGGCUGGAGAAAAAAAUGGCUGACCAUUUUAAGUUCAAGGAGUUUGGCCAGCUACAUCAGGGCUCCUUCCUUGAAUUCCUGGUCAAAAAUAUGCAGAUUCUGCAGGACGCUGCAGGAGGCGCUGUGGCUAUUGGCAACCACGAUACUCAAGCUUCUGGUUUCAGACCCAACAAGCAAGAUGUGUACGAGUUUAUUAAGCAAUGUGGAGAAAUAGAUCCUUCACGGCUGCCAUUUAUUGAGGCUGCACUCAGGAGUCACUACAGGGUUCAGGACAGUCGAGAGCUGGGCUACGGAAAACUUCACACGCUGGCAGACUUUGCCAAACGCCAGAAGGAGCUGUGUGACGGGGCCUCUUCCAGUGUCAUACGCUAUGAAUGCCCUCUUAUCCCUAAAGAGCCAGAGGACAUGGAGACAGUUGGCUUGCUGGGGCACGUGAGCCAGAAGCAGGCAGUGGCGAGUCUCCUGUCUGCUCCAUUGCUGGAAGAUUUGGCUGAAUGGAGCCAGUGGGAGCUGGUGUUUCAACCCAAUCAUGGACCUCUCAAACACUUCAUUGACAAACAUUGCAGUAACACAGACCUGCUGGCUUUGGAGGUGUCUCCUGGAGUGCUGUUGAGGAUCACAUCUAUCACAGGCGCUCAAUUAUUCGCUAAAGCCACCCAAGACCUCGACCCUGCAGCAUCUGCCGGUCACCUGGUGUCCAUUGUGGUAGCUGAUGGGAUUUUAAACACACCCACAGCACUGCUGGCCAAUCACAUGCAGAGCACGCUAGCAGCAGAAGCUGCCCAAGAAGAUCCAUCCCUCAGCGAAGAUGGACGCUCUUUCAACAUCGUUGCCAAGUUUGUGCUUGAGUGUGUAAUCCGGAUGCCUACGAGAAUCUGCAGAGAGCUGCUGCAACAGGUGUUUUUGGAGCCUCUCUCGAGAGUGCUUGGCCAGGCCAAGUCUAAAUCCGUCCUCCUGGAAGCAGCCAAAUCAGAGACAAGAUACCUUAACAAGCUCCAUCAGUUGGGCAUCCUACUGGGCAUCACUGAGUGGGUGAAGGACUUCCACACCAAACUCAUCUUACCCCCAACACCUGAGCUGGCCUUACAGGACCUGCCGGCUGACUCCAUGAGCGACGUGUCCUCUGUGAUAAGUCUGGCUGACGGUGAGGAUUUGUUCGAAGAGUCCGUUUCCAGUUCCAAAGCCUCUCAGCAGGAUAUUAAUGACAGCUCUAGGAACGGUGUCGAGAAUGAUGUUGAGGAUGAUGGAGAUGAUGAAGAUCUCUUUGAACUGGCAUCAGAGAAGAGCGAGGAGGUUAACAGCAGUAUUGGCAGUAAAGAGGAGAAUGAUGAGGAUGACAGGAUGGAAGAGUCUCCUGAAGCACCACAGGCAGAUGAGAACGAGCCCGUUAGUGAGGAGCUUAGCCAGCAGAGGGCCAUUGUCGAGGACAUCAGGAAAAAUGAGUUUGGUAUAGGAGUAGAGCUGAACGAAGCGGGUCAGAACCUGAUGAAGAAGCAGCAGGCGAGGCUCGGCCGCAGUCUUGAGCGCCUCUCCACUGAACUGUACAGCAAAGACACACACUUUGUCCUGGAGCUCAUUCAGAAUGCUGACGAUAACAGCUACCCACCAGAUCAAAAGGAGAAGCCUGCUUUGGCCUUUGUAGUCCAGAAAGAUUGCAUCACUAUCCUGAACAACGAGAGCGGCUUUGAGGAGAAGAAUGUGCGAGCUAUCUGCGACGUGGGAAAGAGCACCAAGGGAAAACACACCUGUGGCUACAUAGGGCAGAAAGGCAUUGGCUUUAAAUCAGUUUUUAAAGUCACAGACUGUCCUGAAAUCCACUCCAACGACUUCCACAUCCAAUUUGACAAGGCCAGUGGCCCCAUGGGAUACAUCCUGCCUCACUGGGUGGAUGAGGAAAGGCCUGUGCCCUCUGUUGCCAAGGAGAUAGCAGAGAAAAGCUGGACAACAAAGAUCUUCUUGCCCCUUCGGUCAGAGAGCUACCAGACCAAAAACCUUUUCCAUGACGUCCACACAUCUCUUCUGCUCUUCCUCCACCGUCUCCGCUCCAUCACCAUCCACAGUGAGGCUGAGAAAAGAGUGGUGUCCAUGACGAGACGAGAUCUCAGUCACAACAUCCUGGAGGUGGAGCACGCGGAUGGUGUGGAGCGCUGGCUGGUCGUCAAGAAGAUGCUCCACCCUAAGAAGAUUAAGGUGGAUGUGGAAUCUACAGAGCUAGCACUUGCCUUCCAGCUCAGUGACGGCGAAGUAAAGGUUCAGCCUCGGCAGCAACCUGUUUUCGCCUUCCUGCCCCUACGAAGCUUCGGCUUUCGCUUCAUUGUCCAAGGAGAUUUUGACAUUCCUUCUUCUAGAGAAGAUGUUGAUAGAGACAGUUCCUGGAAUCAGUGGCUCCGGUCUGAAAUUCCCCAACUCUUCCUACAAGCCAUGGAUGUUUUUAUUAACCAUCCUGACUUUAGCGGGCUGGAGGGACUUUGCCACUUCUUGCAAUAUAUCCCCCAGCCUAGUGAAAUCCUGGACUUUUUUAGCCCUGUGGCCAAACAGAUCAUCCAGCUGCUAAAGGGGAAACCUUGCCUUCCAGCCAAGGACAGCAAGGGCAGAGUAGAGUUCAAGCUGCCUUCGCAAGUGGCUGUGUGCCAGGACCCUCUGUUUCAGGACGUGAUCGGAGGAGAGGAGCUGUUUAAGCACCUCAACCUGUCAUACCUUCACCCUGCACUGCAGUCUUCACUGUCAUCUUCUCUGCUCACUGCCCUGGGUGUCCAGCGGCUAAAGGCUUCCAACAUCACCACCGUCAUCUGUGCAAUGGCCAAAAGUCUCGUUCAAGAGGGCGAUAUCCACUCAGAAGCCAAUCUUAAAAAGCUGGCCAAAAUGCUGGCGUGUAAUUUCCGCGCUCUGGAAUCCGAGUACAACGAGGUGGACGGCCUCCUGCAGGCCCUGCGAGAUGUUCCCAUGGUACCUCUGGCAGACGGCCGUGUGGUGGCUCUCAGAGCAGAGGGUGUUUUCUUUCCUCUCAGCGAGGAUACUCACAAAGGCCUGAAUGCUCUGUACAAGGACCUGAGCAUUGUGGAGCCGCGGCUGCUUGAGUGUCUGGAUAAGUUGGGGAACUCUCAGGUGCGCGAGCUGCUCUGUAGGCUGCAGGUUCAUGAACUGGAGCCCAGAGAGGUGCUGCAGAAGCAUGUCUACCCCAUACUGAAGAGCGCUGCUUGGAAGGAAAAACCAAAGGACAUCAUUGUCAGCUACCUGGUGUUUAUCAAGGAGCAUUCUCAGGAGCAAGACUACAGAGUGCUGAGGGAAGCUAUCCCCGUACUCACCAACAGGGGCUUCCUCUGCCCCGGCCAGAGCAAAGUCCAGUUCUCUAAAGAGUACGGCAACAUCGACCUGCCCACCCAGCUGCCUGGUGUGGACUGGGUGCUGAUAGAUGCAUGCUACCUGCAUGACGGAGAUUUACCAGGAUGGAGGGAUUUCUUGAGUGAUCUUGGAGUGAGGGAUCUUCUCAUUUUCAGGAAGCAGCGGCACACCCUCAAAGAUGCAGAGCUGGCAUCAAGCCCAUGGGCAGCGGAGUCAGAGCUGUGGCCCGAAACUUCCGAUAAACUGUAUGUCGUAGAGGAUCAGCAUUGUGAAGAGCUCCACUCACUGAUAACAGCAGAUCAACUUCCCGCUAACAUCAAAGUGCAGCAAAGAGAAGUUCUAAUCAACCUGCUGGAGAACAACUGGGAGACUGGAGAGAAGUUUGCCCAGUACCUCAGGUCUCAGGUGCUAGACAGCCAGGGCCACACCCUAAAAGACGCAAAGUCCUCGUUCUACCACCACCUCACCCAACUGGCAUGGGUGCCUGCCUACAAGCCCACACAGGAUGGGAAAAAACAUGUGGAAUACUUAAUUCCAAACAGGGUGUAUCUCUUGUCUGACAAAGUAUACAGUCUGUUGGGAUCCCACGUCUGUUACGUCACACUGACACAGAGUCCAAGUGAAUUCUCCAGAGCUAUAGGGAUGAGACAUACUGUUCUGGUCGAUGAGAUAGUCAGCUACUUGAAACGCUGGUGUACGAAGGAGUGUGAUGGCGGCGAGGCAGAAGGAGCCGAUUUUACCACGACCAUACAGCAUAUCCACUCCGUGUACCGCUACUUACAAACAGAGUGCUCUAUAGCACAGCUAAGAGAUCUUUUCCAGCAAUCACCUGCUGUCUACAUAGAGUACGACAGGAAGGACGAUUGGACUUCAGGACACUUCUACCAUCUCAAGGACGUGUGCUGGCGAGAUCCCACUGAAAUGUUUGUCAGGUACAAGGAGCUGAUCCGUAAACCAGACAGCGGGGUCCAGGAACCUAAAGUGCUGGCUCCAUUUUACAGCAAAUUGCUGGAAAUGGAAGAACUAUUUAAGCAGACGUUAAACGUGAAUCGCAAUCCAUCCAUGAAGCAGUAUGUGGAUCUUUUGGGAGUUGUGUGUGAAUCUUCGCCGAUUCCCUCAGCAGAGGUGCUUCAGGAUAUCUCCAUUAUUUUUGCCAGACUGGCCGAAAAAUGUAAACAACCUACAUACUCAGAGCAAGAUCAAGACUUUGAAUUGAACCAGGGCUACUGCAACUCGCUGAAAGGGAUGGUGUCUCGUAUGAAGGUGUUUCCUACCAAGACACAGGGUUGGGUCACGCUGGACCGGAAACCUAUGAUAGCAGACAACCCAAGCCUGGAGAAAAUCUUCAAAUCUCACGGUGAAGUAUGUCUACUCAACCUGCCCUCGGCUCAAAAGAAAACAGCCAACAGACUUAAACCAAACCCAAAAGGCAAGCUGCACGAGGAGAAGCUGGCUUUCAGCGAGGGAGACCGAGAGCUGUUCCUGGAGAUCUGCGGAGUGAAGAAGCUUUCGCAGUGUGUCACCACCGAACCCCAGACAGAGAACUACAGGCCAUGUCCAGCUAUGCAGAACCUGGUGCGUGACCUCAUCCCGUACAUCCAGAGAUUCAUCUACUACCACGACGAGCUCUGCGAAAUAUACGAAGACCUGACAGAAAGCGGCAUAGCCCAGGAGAUCAAAGCACUUAGCUUCGGUCAGGUGGGAAAGCUUUAUAUUUAUUACCUUCUCGAACAGCCAGAUGAGAACCCCAUUGUAGAGAGCGAGGACAUCAUAUGUCUUCUUAAAGACAGGAAAGAGUUGUACAUUCAGAAAGACCAUCUGUCAUCUAAAAUGGCCAUCUGCAGAGAGCUGGUGAAAUUGUUCACCACCGAGAAGAGCUUUGUGGAGGAAUUGAAACACUUUCUCGAGGAACUUGUUAUGCGCAUCAAAGAUGCAGAUUCUUUGAAACGAUUACUGGAUAGUAAAGACAUCCAGGAGCUUCCCGAGGACGAAGAGCGAUGGGAGAUUCCGGCACCUCUGAAGACACCUGAACCCAUGAACCAUUUUUCAAGAAGCUCAUCCGAAACCGCGAGUGAAGUAAUGAUAAACACAGACAAGGAGGAGGAGGAGGAGAAGGAGGAGGAUGAUGAUAAGCUGCACUGCUGGCCUCCUAAAGCAUCGAUCAGCAAAACAGGACUCAGAAGCACAGGAAAAGGAAGCCAGGCAGUGGAGGCAGUAAUGAAGAUGUGGCCUCCACCAGCACCUCCAAGCUCUUCAGCCCCUCCUGUUUCUCCAGCACCUUCUGCUCAUUGGAGCUCUGGAGCUGAGCGGAGCGCUCAGGAAAAUACAGCAGGAUUCCAGAUACACAGAGAGCCAGGCGCUCCAGGUAUUCAGGGAUUUCAGGGACCCAGGUCAAGCGGAAGCAUCUCUCACACAGAAGACCAACCAGCCAAAGCUGCUGUGCUGGUGGUCAACGGUGGUGAUGUUCCUAAUGAAGCCCAAGCUGGCUCCAGUGUGGCUCCUGAAGAGCAAGCUGAGGUCAGUGUGGACAAGCCCGAGAACACGAGCACUCCAUCUUCAGCUGGAGAACAGCAACCUUCAGAACAGGUUCAAAAACCAGUCCAGCCCCCAGAAGUCAUGGCAAGCCAGUUCCAGGGAAGCGUUGUUCACCGUCCACCCAUGCCACUGGAGAGUGCAGUAUGGACCAAACCGACAGCUGGAGAAGCAGUGCUGGAGGACCUUGCCCUAGACUUCAGUUUGCCCAACUCUCUACAGGUAUUAAAUGCUUUCGAAGACAACGAGGAUAUCGGGAGAUGGGGAGAGCAGCUGGUCUACUCCUUCCUCAACCGUUGGCGAGAAAGCGGAGAAGGGCCACGAGAGAUCGCCUGGUCCAACGAAAAGGGUGAGAGCGGCCAGCCAUACGAUUUCAAACUGAUCUUCCCAAGUGGCAGUAACAGCACGCGAGAUGUGUAUGUGGAAGUCAAGACAACGAUCAAGCAGGAGAAGCACUUUAUUCACAUGUCAGCCAACGAGAUCGACUUUGCACUGAAGGAGAAGGAGAAGUAUCACAUAUACAGAGUGUACGGCGCCGGAAAUUCAAAUCUCACUCGUCUCUGUCGGAUCAAGAACCUGGCCCAGCAUCUGCAUUCCAAAACACUGGAAUUGUUUUUAUUUGUGUAAAAUUAAAAAUAGGGUCGUGAGUAGUUAAGGCAUUGGACUAUGGUUUGGAAAGUCCCAGGUUUAAACCCCAUGACCACCAAGUUGUCCCUGUUUGGCCCUUGAGCAAGGCCCUCAACUGCUCAUAUGGAUAAUGAAAUAAAAAUAUAAGUCGCUCUGGAUAAUGGUGUCUCCUAAUUGUGGUUAUAAGCUUAAUUGCAGUUAAAAUUGUUAUUAGUUGUCUAAUUUUAUUUUGCACUACUGACUUGCACUGUCUAGAUGAUUAUUAAUAUGCCUCUUUUUGUUCUGGUUUUAGUGAGAUAUUUUAUACUUCUCUGACUUGUAUUCUUCAAAGUCAAGUCCUUUAUACGUUUUCCAAUACGAAUUGCUAAUUUGUUACAUGUUUUAUUUUAGAUGUUUUGAAGUUGAAAUGUUAGUUUAU